ACCAAAUAUAAUUUGAAUGAUUCACUAGCAAUUUUAUUUUUUUAAUCUGAAGUAUCUCGGUCGAAUCUCAACUAAUCCUCCAAAAGUUUGAGAGUCCCACAUCUCCUAUAUAUUAAAAGUAAAAUAUUUAUCAUUAGUGAGUUCAUAUUAUUUUCGACACGUGUCUAGAAAUGGCAAUCUAAGAUCUGGAUCGCGGACCUGGCCCGUAAAAGACUGUCGCAGAACGGUAUUGGGACGACGUUUUCUAGGUCCGUAAAUUUGCGGGCAUCGCGGGACGGGUCUUUACGGGAUUGGACCUUUUGCGGGAUAGGGCGAAACGGAUCAUGCAUGAUUACACGGAUCCGUAUUUUUUUUCUUUAUUUCUUAUUUUAUUUGAAAAAAACGAGAAAAAGAGUGGAAAAAAAAAGUGAUUCUUGUGACUUUUUCUCCAGAAAACAUAAGGAGUUCCAGCGAUGAUGAUUUCUCUAAAAAUCCAAAAUCCGAAUAGAUUAAAUGAAUCUGAACAUGUAUACAGCAAACCCUUUAGUAUAACAUACAAUAAAAAAAAUCAAAUAAUCUAAUAAAUCUUAAAACAAGGUUAUAUUUUCGCCUGACAAAGUAAAAUGACAAUUUAGUUGAUGGUAUAAUUCCAAUCUAGAAUCAUAGAUUUAGUAUAUUCCAAUGUCCUCUUCUAACUAUUAGGUUAUCACUGGUAUAUCACCACUUGGUUUGCAUUACCAAUUUUUACAUGCUAUUUCUUUUUUUUUUUUUUUUUUUUGCUAAAUGGUAAAUAUCAUUAAUGAAAGUUUGGUUACAAACUUAAUUGUGACCACAAUCUGCUUAGAAGCUGAUUUGAUCCUAGAGGCUGCAAAAAAAUUAAAAAACCCGACAGAUACAUGAGAUUGAUUUCAAACUUCUCACAAGAGAGAACUUGAAAGCAAUAGGGAAUAAGAUCAAGUAUAGCAACAAUUUAAUCACCCUAAACAAAGCACUUCUUGCUGCAUCUGAACAACUCAGAGGAAACAAGAGAAUAGCCGGGAAGUUCAGUCGAGAACUCACCGAAGUGGCUCCAAGCAGGCAUCGACGAAGGCGCCUGGCUACGCCCCGGAGCUCCGCUGGAGGAGGACCUCAACCAACAAACCUAGCUAUCUCAACUGGGAGACAAAAGUUCAGGCCCGAAUCGCAGCUGUUAACAUAGAAGCACAAGUUACGGUCAAGCGUAGGCUGGUACAACAGGCUCUUUUCACCGCCUACGCGACACAGAGAAUGCAGCAGAGACCACGGGGAACACUAAGUCGGACUGUCGGAGCUUUGAAGAUAAGGGUAUGAAGCAUAGAAGGAGGUUUAAUUCUCCUUGAAAACAGGCAACCCAGAAGCCGAUAUAGAACUCCACCUACAAGCAAAUGAAUCACCACAUCGGGUUGUCCUCAAACCCUAGCAGACGACAUCGGAAGCAAGAAGGGGAAGCCAAUCACACCACCAAAGGAAGCCAUGGCUGUUGCUACUUGAAAUAAAUGAGAGGUCCCCAACGAGUUCCUCAGACUCGUCAUUUCGUCUUGGACCAUUAGAACAAGACGGGGAAGCUCUAAAACUAGCAGCCGACGGAGGAGACAGGGGAAAGCAGAGGAGGCGGAGGUCGGAGGUGAAGAGGCAGCGACGCGCUUCAUUCCGACAAACCACCGUGGCGGAUCUGACCCAGAUCCAGCGGGAAACAAACCCUAGAUCUACCAAGACGACGGUGCCUCCUGCAAGCAUAAAGACAAUCACGACCUCGCCCUCUCUCCGGAGACACUGGGGACACACCCAGACGUCGAUUUGGUCACCGGAUCCGGCCGUAAUCCGGCAAAAACUAGAGAAGGAGGAGCAAAGAGGAGGUGAGGAAGCCAACAGCUUUACAGGGAGAGGAUUGGAUCGAGAGGAGCGGUUUUAGGGGUGGUUGCCGGCGGUUAGAGACUCACCGCCGGCCACCAAAGGAGGAUCGAAGAGCUCGCCGAAGGUGGAUGAGUCGGGAAGAGAGAACAGAGAGAUUUUAAUUACAUGCUAUUUCUUUUCUCGAUUCCUAAACAUACAGAGUAUCAGAGUACAAUACAGAUUUGUUUCAAACACAACUUGCUUUCAAUAACUUUCCGUCGUUUUAUCAUUAUCUUCCAAUGUCUCUUUCGCAAGAUUUAUUUACACAUUCACUGUUCAGAAUCUUAAAUAAGACAACGAACUUAUCGACGUUGAACGCCAAAGAGGGUGACAAACAAGAAAAUGUUUUUGACCAAAAAAAAAAACAAGAAAAUGUGUGGAACAUAGCAACAACAAGUUCUACUCCAAGUUCUAACGUGUAGAAAUUAAAAGGGUGGCCCCCUUUGGAACCCGACGCAGAGUAGACUUUGACUUAUCAACUCUCAAGUCAAUAAGAGACUCGCUACGUUCACAUUUUCUAAACAGUUAUAUGCCCAUACUAUUAUUUCCAGGAAAUAAACACUCAAUCAUACACUUCUUAGAAAAUAUCCAUUUUUUUCGUAUACAUAUUUUAUAUAUUUUGAAGAUAUUAGAUUAAAUUUAGCAAUGCUAUUUACAAAAUGAUAAAAUAUCUUUGGACCAAUUUUUAAAGUAUUGAUUAAUUCUUUUAAUAUAGAUUAGUGGUAGUUGCUGACCAUAAAUAAACAGAGUAAGAUUCCGACAAGCACCCACAAGAGGAAACUUUCUCUUAACAGAAAUGAUUAAAAUGGCUGCUCCCACCGGAAACACCAAUCUCUUUCUCCGGCCUCUCAUCCUCUCCCUUCUUCUUCUUGCCUCACCUUUCGUCUCCUCCGUGGAGAUCGAUUCCUCAGAUCUCAAAGCUCUUCAAGUCAUCAAAACAGAGCUAGGAGUCAACGGUCAACGCUCUUCUCUCUCUUCCAGUGAUGCUAACCCUUGCGGUCGCGGAGGAGUUUCCUGCGAGAUACGCCACUCCGACGCCACCGGAGGAUACGUUCUCCGCGUCACGAGGCUCGUAUACCGAUCCCGGAGCUUGGCCGGAACCAUCUCACCGGUUAUCGGAACGUUGUCGGAGCUCAAAGAACUCACUUUGUCUAAUAACAAGCUGGUCGGUGGUGUUCCACUGGAUGUCUUAAACUGCAAGAAACUCGAAGUCCUUGAUGUCCGAAACAACAGAUUUUCCGGUCAGAUUCCGGGAAACUUCUCUGGUUUUAUCCGUCUUCGAAUUCUUGAUCUUUCUUCGAACAAAUUCUCCGGGAAUUUGAACUUCUUGAGGAAUCUACCCAAUCUCGAGAGUCUCUCCGUUGCAAACAAUAUCUUCUCAGGCAAGAUUCCCGAGCUAGUUAUGUCCUUCCAUAAUCUCCGGUUCUUUGAUUUCUCCGGAAACCGGUUAUUGGAAAGUCCGGUUCCGGUUAUGAGUAAAAUCAAGAUAUCUCCAUACCAAACAAGACACAUUCUUGCUGAAACUCCAUCUACAAACUCAACGAAGAAACCCAACAACACCACCACCACAACAAAAGCGACAGUGUCACCUCCAAAAGACAAGAAAAAGAAAAAGAAAAAGAAGAAGAACAAAAGGAAGAUAGUAGUUGCCUGGAUCUUAGGGUUCGUCGUCGUAGGCAUAGGCGGAAUCAUCUCCGGAGUGAUCUUCAGAUUGAUCCUCAAAGCAAGAAGAGGACCAGAAAAACCAUUAAGUCCUACUAUAUUCAGCCUUUUGAUCAAGAGAGCCGAAGACUUAGCUUUCUUGGAGAACGAAGAAUCAUUAGCCUCUCUUAAGCUCAUCGGCAGAGGAGGCUGCCGAGAAGUUUUCAAAGCCAAACUACCAGGAAGCAACGGGAAGAUCAUAGCCGUUAAGAGAGUGACACAACCCUGUAGAAGCGCAACCGAGCUUGUAGACGAAGAGCCCAGGUUUCUGAACAGGUACAUGUUGCAAAUCAGGUCAGAGAUCAUCACAGUAGGUCAUAUCCGGCACCGGAAUCUUCUCCCGUUGCUAGCACACGUCCCGAGACCCGAGUGUCACUUCCUUGUCUACGAGUACAUGAAGAACGGGAGUUUGCAAGAUAUACUAACCGACGUUUCAGCUGGAAACAAAGAGCUGACGUGGCCAGCAAGGCACAAGCUUGCUUUAGGUAUAGCUGCAGGGCUUGAGUAUCUUCACAUGGAAAGUAAACCUAGAAUCAUCCACAGAGACUUGAAGCCGGCUAAUGUUCUUCUUGACGACGAUAUGGAGGCUAGAAUCACGGAUUUCGGGUUGGCCAGGGCGAUGCCUGAUGCAGUCACGCACAUUACAACCUCUACGCUUUCAGGUACCGUGGGAUACAUAGCACCAGAGUAUCACCAAACUCUCAAGUUCACGGACAAGUGUGACAUCUAUAGCUUUGGGGUGAUUCUCGGGGUGCUGGUGAUUGGGAAGCUUCCUUCUGAUGAGUUUUUCCAGCAUACCAUUACCAAUGAGAUGAGUCUUAUAAAGUGGAUGAGGAAGGUACUAACGUCGGAGAAUCCAAGCCUAGCUAUUGAUCCGAAGCUGAUGAAACAAGGGUUCGAUGAACAGAUGCUUCUUGUUCUGAAGAUUGCUUGUUACUGUACUUGGGAUGAUCCUAAACGGAGACCGAACAGCAGAGAAGUCAAGAUUAUGCUGUCCCAGAUCAAGCACUAGCUAGUUUCUCUCUAUGAUAUGUAGUGUACAUUCCCUGUCUUAUGAAAUAACUAGAUUUUGACCCGAACUUUCGUGCAGAAAUUUUUUCAUUUUAUAAAUGUAUUUGAUAGUAUUACAAAUGUUUUACAUAUAUAAUUUUCAUUUUAGUGUUAUAUAUUUUGUAACUCUACAAUAUUAUUGUUUAUAUUUAGUAUUUGGCAUUA